AUUGCCGACACCAAGGCCAUGCUACACGUUUUGAUCCACACUGCGGCUGGGCCUGUCGAGCCAAUGGAAGCCGUCUCAUGCCUCAUUGUGGACUCGGACGACGAGGAGUUCAUUAUUGGCAGUGAUUUGCUUGGGGAGCUCGGAAUUGACGUGGACAGGCAGCUAGAGCAACUUGCCAACCGUGGUUUUGACGAUAAUGGAGGCGAUCCUUUCGGGCUGGAAGCGGACGAGCCG